GCGCCGGGCGGGCGGGCCGCGGGGCGGCGCUGCGCGGGCGCCGCCAUUUUGCGGCGCGGGAGGCGAGGGGAGGAGACCGGGCGGAGCUCUUUUGGCUUCUAUGGCAUCCGGUGAGGAGAUUACGGUCUAUGACGAUGAAGUAAGGUCUCGGUACAGCCACUUAGAGAAGAUGACAGAUUUGGUGGCUGUUUGGGAAGUAGCUUUAAGUGAUGGUGUUCAUAAGAUUGAAUUUGAACAUGGGACCACUUCAGGAAAGCGUGUUGUCUAUGUUGAUGGAAAGGAAGAAAUAAGAAGAGAAUGGAUGUUUAAAUUAGUGGGUAAAGAAACAUUCACUGUUGGAGCUACUAAGACUAAAGCUGCUAUUAACAUUGAUGCAGUCGGUGGCUUUGCAUAUGAAUAUACUUUGGAGAUCAAUGGAAAGAGUCUCAAGCAGUAUAUAGAGAACAGGUUAAAAACAACCAAUACUUGGAUAUUGAGCUUGGGAGGCACAGACUAUAGAAUUGUUUUAGAAAAGGACACUAUGGAUGUGUGGUGCAACGGUCAAAAAAUGGAAACAGCGGGUGAAUUUGUGGACGAUGGGACUGAGACUCACUUCACUGUUGCUGACCACAGCUGUUGCAUCAAGGCUGUCAGUAGUGGGAAACGAAAGGAAGGAAUUAUUCAUACCCUCAUUGUGGAUGACAGAGAAAUCCCAGAGGCUGUGGAAUAGCCUCUGGUUAACUAUUAUGGUAGGACUAAGAUCAGGAAUUUUCAAUUACUGUGGUAAUUAUUUUAAUAUGUACUACUUGGUACAUCUAGUUUGUGCUGGGUUUAUUUUCUAGUUUCUGUACGCUAAAUUAUUAUUUUUGAGGACCAGAUGAAAAUAAUUAUGUACAACCUCUUACAUUACCAGCUUUUAAAAAAAGCUACAUAUAUCUAGAAUAUAUAGCAUAUUCACUACGUGUGGAGAACACUAGUAAAACAGAAAUUAUAUGUCAGGAAAAAUCAUGCUAUAAUAAAAUGAAAGAUAAAUAUUCCGUAACACUGAAUCCUUAGCUGCAGGUGUAUGUGGAAUGAAGAGAAAGCCUGUACUGGGCACAGGAGUAAGAUGUUAAAAGCUUUCUCUAGAAUUAUUUUUUCUGUUAAACUGACUACAGACCUUUUCACAUACAGUUAAGAGAAAUUACACAGUUAAUAAAAAGGUUAAUAAUGAAAUACAUAGUUACCAAUACUUGUGUUACAGUAUUAAAUUAAUACUGAGUUAUGAAAACUGUUCUCUAUUCCCACUAGGAGCAAGAUGUUACAUUGUGCCAAAAAUAACAUUCCUUUCUUUCUGUGUUCUGAAAACUGAUGCUGUAGUUCAGAAACUCAUUACUGAGUUUUUUCAAAAAAGAAAAUAGAAGAAAAAAUAAUUCCCGCCAUGAAACCCCUUUAAAAAUAUCUCCUGGAGCAUGCUGACAUAAGAACUUACCUUUGUUCAGUGGUAACAAAUCUGAAAUGUACAACUACGUGUUUUUAUGGCAGUAAUGUGUGAAUCAAGAAAUAAGAGGAACAAGGGGACAGAAAUGGAAAACAGUUGAUGACUUUAAUGGAAUAGUUAAAAUAGGAAUAUACUAAUUCUGUUUUCAGAAUUGCAGCGUAAUUUCUAAGAGCAACCUUUGGACUUUUUGAGAGCAAAACUCUUGUGUUAGAGACUCACACUACAAAACUCUCUUUGAAACGGCAAGCAUAGCUUGUCUUAAAAAUAAUUUUUAAAAAAACCAAAAUAUGAAUAUAUUAAUCUAAAAGUUUAUUUUGCAAUGGUUAAAAAAUAUUUCCACUUGUAACCUCAGAAUUCAGAAUUAAACUUUUAUAACUUAAUUUAUUUUGGACUUGUGAAUGGCUCCUAGCACUACAACUACUAGUUCAGGAGUUACAGGUGCAGUACAAGCAUCCUGGGUAUCCAUUAACACAUUAUUUUGAAAAGUUUUAUUAAAUGCUAACUUCAUCUGUGUUUUAGAGAUCAGACUGCUCCCCAUCAGCAGGCUUUACGAGAGGAAGUUUCCAGGUACCCAAGUGCUGGACUGAAUCCCCUUUUACACUGGAAUUACUGUAACAGCUCUUGGGCUUUUCCGUGUAUUUGCUUCAGGUCACUGCAGAAGCAAUGUGGGGAUUCCUGGCUACAAGGGUGACAAUGUAAUCUUUACAAGAUGUUGGUAAAGGUAGAUUAAUUGAAAAAUAUCUUCAAGCUGUAGCUUGAACCAGUUCUCUACUAUUUUGUAACCUUUCAAAGAGAUUGAAUGCUGCUGAGAAAUCUGAAGCUCAUGUACAGUACAAAUCACGUUCUUAAGACUACAGAAAAAUGCAAGUGAACAGAUAGUGACAUUCAUACUUUUUAUUUUGAAUAUGUGCAUCUACAGUGCUUGAAGUAACUAAUAAAAAAUGUACAGCAACCAUUGUAAGAAA